AUGAGGAAGUUGCCUUCACUGGUGAGGCAUCAGAGCCUGGCAUUACAGAUAAAAUUGAAAAUUUUGUUUAGCCGAACAUUCCUGACCAGGAAGAUCCAACUGAUACUGGCUCAUUCCAUAAUUUGGCAGUGGAGUUUUCUGUGGUAGAAAAAACUUCACCAGCUCUUCCUGGGUUGGCUGAAAUUGUUAAUAGCCUGCUCAGAGAUAGACUGACAAAAGAAAAAUUGUCUGAGGUCCAAUCACAGUAUAUCAGACCAGAGAAUUGUCCUAAUUUAGCUGCACCUAAUUAUAAGGUUAACAAACAAAUUUGGCAGCAAAUGAGGAAGGAAACUAGGAAUACUGAUUCUGCUCUUCAAAAGACACAGGGUCUGUUGAUUUCAGGCCUUUGUGCUGUUUUAGAGGUGUGUAAUGUUUCUGAUGGGGAUAAAAAAUCUAAGCUUCCCCAUGCAGCUGUUUUAUUGUUGACAGCAAAUCGAGAGUUCAACAUGAAACGCAGGGACUUGAUUCGUCCUGAUCUUAACAAGCAGUAUGGUGCGUUGUGCAACCCAUCAACGGCCAUUUCAACUUAUCUCUUUGGUGAUCAGUUGAAUAAAGAAGUGGAGAAGCUUACUAAAUCCAAUAAGCUUAGCAACAAAUUUACCACCAAGCCUCGUUCGGAUUACCGUGCAGAUCCUUAGAGGGUGCCCUUUGGCAGAGGUGCACGUGGACGAGGUCGUUUUGAUCAGACUAGCGGUAACGUUGAGGUCGCGGAUCAAAAUUUGUACUCCUCUUUUUUAGGGGUAGGCCGGGGUCACGAGCGGAGCCCGAACAAGCACCAAGACAUCAGUCAACAAAGGAAAUUAGAAUCACCAACCGAGGUAAAUAAUGAUGCUAUCGCUACGUUAAUUGCUAAUCAGCCACCAUUUAAGGCUGGUGGUUUGAAAGAUUGUGUACAUGCUUGGACAGAAAUUACAUCAGAUCCAUUUAUUUUGGAUGCUGUGACUCAUUGUCAUCUUGAAUUUGAUUCCUUACCAGAGUCAUAUGUUAGUAAUACUAGACCAUAUUUUACUUUUAAUGAGACUGAGCAAACUGUCGUAGAUGGGGAAAUUGAAAAGUUUCUCCAAUAA